AUGGCCGACUGUGCUCCGCCGAGCCCGCCAGAGCUCACAAGCCAGCUGUGCGAGUACGCUCACGCACGGGGCACCCCUCAACAGCUCGUCCACCUCCUUCGCCCUCCCCGACUCGGACUGAGGUCGACCCCGCCUCUUCGGUCCACCUAUGGCUCCCACGCCCCACUCUGGCCAGCGCUCGCCGCAGCUUGGGACGUCGAAGCGCACCGGCUCGCCUCGGACGACAAGGACUCGAUCCCGGCCCUCCUCGCUCUCGCCGCCUUCCUCCUGAGCGUGUGCACCCAGUCGCCCGACAACCAGCAACGCGCAGUCGACCGCAUCGAGCCGUCCUUGCGCCAGGUCCUCCUCACCGCCUCGUCCCUCUUCAACCUCGAGGACCCGGCCUACACCGACAUGACCCGCAUCUGCUGUCAGGCGCUCGCCAACCUCGUCACCGACAACGAGGCCAUCGCGAGCACCUUCUUCCCGCGCCGACUCGAGCUCGAGGUCGACGACAACCUUGUCCAACGUCUGCUCGCCUCGCCCGACCACGGCACGCUCCAGGCCGUCCUCAUCUUUCUGCUCAACUCGAUCCACGGCAACCGCGAGCGAGCGCUUCUCCUCGGCACGUCGAAAGCCGGCGCCGCCAUCCUCGACCGCCUCAUGACGAUCGUCAGCGUCUUGUUCGACGACGAGACGCCCGAGGGGAUCGCGAGCGAGGACUUCCACUCCGACAUCUUCCACCUGUCGUUCGCCAUCGUGCAGCAGCUCGUCGAGCUCGAGGUCUUUGCGGCAGCGUACGAGGAGCACGCCCUCAUGCCCGGCUUCGCCACCUCACCCACCCUCGUCACCCUCCUCAAGUUCCUCGACGGCCACCUCUCGCUCCCUCGCCGCGCGUCGCAACCCCCCGCACUCGCCCUCGCGCCCUUCCUCGUGCGUCAGCUCGCGCACCUCGGCGCGUCGCUCGUCGAUGACGCGCCGCACGGGCAAGCGAGGGCCAAGAACGCGGCGGACGCAAAGGCGCUCGAGGGUUUGGUGCUUGUGCUGCAUUGCCUCCUCGGGUUCUCGACGACGCUCCUCCCGCCCGUCUCUGCCCGUCCACCACCACCACCACCACCUUCAUCCUCGUCCUCCUCGCCCACCGCCCCCGCACCUCCACCCUCUCCGGCACCCGCCACCGCCUCGCCCGAAUCGACCCUCGCCGUCGCCCAGCUGCAGCGCACCCUCGUCCAGCUCCUCGGCAUCGUCUCGUUCGCGCCGCCGCUCACGACCGCGCGCCCGACGCCGCCUGACCGCGUCAGGCGGACGCAGGACCGCGUGAGGGACCUCGGGGGGCUCGAGUUGCUGCUCAGUAUGUGCCAGAUGGACGAGAGGAACACGACCAUGCGCGAGCACGCCCUCUUUGCCGUCCGCAACCUCCUCAAGAGCAACAAGGCCUCGCAGGACUACGUUGACGCCAUGAAGCCGCAGUACAAGGUGGGCGACAAUGGCGAACUGCUCGACUUGCCGCCGCCGCUGCGGCAGGAGUGAGCGGGAGCGGCCCCAGGCAAGAGGGGCAGAGCGCUCGAGACGUGCAACGCAGACGCAGCGAUGCUCUGACGCGUCGGGCAGCUC